AUCCGUUUAGGUUAGGUGCCGUGUAAUCUCUAUCAGUGCAAUGAUUCGCUUUGUUAGUUUAAUAUAUCCGGGAUAAGUUGGUGAGGCGCAACAGAGACUUUGUGAACAAAAAAACAAUAGACGAAAAGAAAUGGCAGACAAAGGAGGUUACGGAGCAGCACCCCCGGGCCAGUAUCCCCCGCCCCAAGGUCAAUACCCACCACCUCAGGGCUAUCCUCCGCCGUACGCCGGCAAUGCCCCACCCCCUCAGCAGCAACUCAUGGGUCAACAGUCUAGCAGUGUUGUUGUAGUACAGGGGGGUGGCGGUGUAGUGGGCACUGGGAACUGUCCAGCAUGCAGGGUCGGGAUGAUCUCAGAGAACUUCUCGGUUAUCGGCAUCAUCCUCGCGAUAUUGUUCUUCCCUAUAGGCCUUCUCUGCUGCUUCCUUAUGAUGGAGAAACGUUGCAGCCAUUGCGGGGCAACUUUCUAAAGUCCUUGAGGACGCCGACACACUUGGCGCAUUUUCCUCAAGGCAUACCUGUAACCAUUGCAUAUGAGCUUCGCUAUGGUAAAACGGGGGUUAUUUUAUACGGGAGUUAAUAUUGUACGGGGGGUAUUUUUGUACGGGGGUUAAUAUUGUACGGGGGUUAAUUGUUGUACGCAAAGUGUCGUUUCAGGUUAGCCUGUACAGUUUGCACAGGCUUAUCAUUCCCGAUUAACUGGAUUUUCGCCAAAAUGAGACUUUCUUUGAAUGACGAAUACCAUUAAAGCGGAAAGUAUCGUCCCAUAUUAGCCUGUGCGGCCUUUAGUGCCAUGCAACCUUUACUAUAGGGCACGGUCAUUGACAUGUUUCCAAGUUGAACAGGCUAAUACGGGACGACACUUUACGCACAUGUAUUCCCAUAGCAUGGCUCAUAUGGUAUUAAUAAUUCUAACAUGAUUAUCUAUUAUCUUAAUACCAGGCGACACCAAUUGUUCAAUUGUUCAAAUGAUGAUAAGGCAAUGAACCAUGAAGACACGAACUUAAGCACACACACGUACAAUAUAGUUAUCAUGCCAUCUGAACAAAUAGUUAAAAACCAAGGUAUGAGAGAUGUUUACGAGUAUUGUUAUUUAUAAACAACUGGGAUGAACAAUAUCAUGUUAUAGUUUAUUUUGCUGCAGAAGUCCAAAGAUCUCUUUAUAGGCCGAUAAACUCCGAUAAAUCUUAAUAUGUCUUAUACAGUGAAAUCUUCUUGUUAGAUUUUCGGCGAAACGUGUAUGUUGGGGCAGAUUAAACAAUAUGCUACUUAUAAAUCAAAACGAACUUAUGUCAUCACAGAAUUAAAGAAUGAAACAAAUUUAAGCCAUGUUACAUACGAGUCGUUUAAAAAAGUAAAUUAACAUGCUUUGAGUUAAUAUUAAUUAUUUAUCCGAAAAGGUAACACGUGCUCUUUUUUUUAAAUCAUGUUCAAGUAAAACUUUUUAAUCUCUAAAUUUUAGUCUUUUUUUCCAUUUCUGCUUUUAACAUUUUGUUUCCAAGUUUUGCAUGUUGGCUUUUUGAUUUCUUAGACUUCUUGGUACGCAUUUGAUAGUACAUGUAGAUAUAUAUAUUGUUUGUAAAUCGUCCUUGACAAAUCAAUUAAACGAAGCUGAAAAGUGUAUACCAUUGUAAUUGUUUUAUAUUAGUUUAAUACUUAAAUGUUAUGGGUAGCUUUUGUAUAUCGAAUAGAACAUAUUAUUUUAAAUAACAUUUUGUUAAUGUAAGUUAAAAUGGUUUAUGACAUUUUAAAUGUUUUUCUAUGUAACAAUAUAUGUGUACAUAUUGUUCUUUUUUUCAAUAAACAUGUAAUAAAUAA